AUGGCGGCUGGAGCUUCAUCUUCUACCUUGGAAUCAAAUGGGAUCGUCGGAAAAGGGGCUUCAGGACGCCUCCUGAUUGGGGGCCCCCAUAGCCUAACCGACUCUCCUCCAGCCCCACCCGUCCUUGACCUCCAUCAGCUUUUCCAAAAGGGGCAACAGGAGGGACUAAUCAGCCUCUCUGCCUUGCGUUUUAGCACCGUCAAGUCUGCCAAGCAUGGCGGCACCAGGUACCGGUCGCGAGAAGGACACUACGCUGCCAGCGUGGGACACACGCAGUGGCUCCAGAUCACCGUGCAGAAGGCUGAGAGCCCGACCCAGUCAGAUAUUAACGGCUUCUCCACGCUGCACACUGCUGCGCUGCACGGACGGCUGGACUGCAUGAAGAUGCUGAUUGAGAAAUACAACGUUGAUGUCAAUCUGGCCAGCCUGCGGGGCUGGAGACCCAUCCACCUGGUGAUGGGCCAGGAGAGCAAGGACAUGGCCAUGCCGUGCCUCCAGUACUUGCUCAGCAAAGGCGCGGACGUCAAUGUGCAGAAUCAGACUGGAGUAUCUCCGCUUCACAAGGCUGCAAGCGAAGGGCGCGAAUCUUGUCUCCAAGCUCUGAUUGAUGCUGGGGCUAACGUCCAUGCCCUGGACAACGAGGGACAGAAGCCCAUUGAUCUGUGCAAAAUGUGGGGCCACAGGGCCUGUGCUAAACGUCUCUCCCACGCCAUGUGGAAGGCAGACAAGAAGCACAGGCUGCGGGAGAUGUGCAGACUGGAGGCCAUUAAACUGGAGUGUGAGAUGAAGCAGCAGGAAUUCAUUGAAAAUGAACAGAGGGAGCUGAAUUUCUGCAACAUCUUGGCGUUUGAAAAUUGGCUCAUGAAGAAGGGCCUGCCGUUGCCCACUAGAAGCGUCCUAGACUUUACACUCUUUCGGCGUCAGUCGGUGAUGCUCCGCAAGGUGGCUGGGGAGAUGGCCAGCCCGAUCCCCUCCCUCAGCCCCCUGUUCAAGGGGGGGGCCUCAGAGGUGGCCCUCAGAGUGCUCUGGAAGUACCGGCGCCAGAAGCCAUGGAACCUCAGCACCAACCUGGCCUCAGAGCCCGCCACCUCCAUCUACCGGCCACCGCUCGUCCGGCUGGGUGUGGAGCCAGAGAAGCCCACGGAGCACGACUUCACCUCCUUCUUGUUCCUCUUCAAGAACGCUUUUGGGGAGCCCGUGAUCCAGAUCGACAACAUUGGCAAGGUGAGCUCCGUCCCUGAGCUGCCCUACGAGGACAUUAAGAAGAGCCUCUACCCCCACAUCAAGGCCACCCGCCUGGAGGUCCCCAAGGAUUUCCGGCCAAUGCACAUCUUUAACCUGAAGCACCGGCGUCCCGUGGGCCCGGAGCACUGGUGGACAGACCAGAUGGCCCUGAGCUUGCGGGAGACCCUGGACCCCAUCUUCCUGAGCACGCUGAAGACCCACUUCUCCACCUACUGCAGCUCUCAAGCUCCAAGUCCAAGAACGGCCGCAGUGGAAGAGCCUCCCCCGUCCCAAGCAGAUCUGCCAGCUGUGAGGAGGAGCCCCCUGCAGGCCCUUUCCACUGUGCCCCCAGAGCAAAGGGGACACAGCGGAAAGGGAUUGCCCCCCCACCUCAGAAGUAUUUGAUGGGGAUUAAUUUGCAGUGCUCCAUUUUCUCGUGCGAUUGAUAGAAACACUCAUUAAUAAAAGGGCCUUA